AUGUCGUCACACACCCUAUCUACGGACCGCCUUCAGAACCCAGAGCCCCACAAAGGCCACCAGUCCAAAGGAGAGAACCCAGCGGACCACGAAGGCCACCAGUCCAAAGGAGAGAACCCAGCGGACCACGAAGGCCACCAGUCCAAAGGAGAGAACCCAGCGGACCACGAAGGCCACCAGUCCAAAGGAGAGAACCCAGCGGACCACGAAGGCCACCAGUCCAAAGGAGAGAACCCAGAGCCCCACGAAGGCCACCAGUCCAAAGGAGAGAACCCAGAGCCCCACGAAGGCCACCAGUCCAAAGGAGAGAACCCAGCGGACCACGAAGGCCACCAGUCCAAAGGAGAGAACCCAGCGGACCACGAAGGCCACCAGUCCAAAGGAGAGAACCCAGCGGACCACGAAGGCCACCAGUCCAAAGGAGAGAACCCAGCGGACCACGAAGGCCACCAGUCCAAAGGAGAGAACCCAGCGGACCACGAAGUCCACCAGUCCAAAGGAGAGAACCCAGCGGACCACCAGUGCACAUAA